UUUUUACACCUGUUUAAAAAUAAUAAUAAAACUUAGUGAACAAAAAUGUUCAAAAACUAUCUGUGAUAUUUCUGCCGAGAAAAACAAUAAAAACAAGCCAAAAUGUCAUCUCCGGGAACCUCGUCGACUGGUCAAACAGUCAUUGAGAACGUUAAACCUAAGCCGAGCGAGCGCGAGCGCGAAAAUCUCCGCAAACUCAUAAGAAGCGCACGCAAAAACAUGAAGCGAGACAACGCCACCGUGAAAACGUUCACGUGCAGAGACCCUUACGAUAUUUACAACGAAAAUGUGAACAGGCGCCAGAAGCAAACGGGCCUGUAUUAUUCCAUGAACGAUCACAAGUGCCCGUGGGACGAGGAGCACCCCGAAUGCCCGGAGAGAUUGAACAGCAUUAAAAAAAGACUCGAAGCGUUGGAGUUGGACGAGAAGUGCUUAGUUAGACAAAUUACAGACGUUGAAAUACCUGAUUCUAUAAUCCACUUGAAGCACUCGUUUUGUUUGAUUGAGAAUCUAAGGGUUAUAUGCAUGAUGAAUGAGACCACGAUGGAGGAGGAAUGCAGCCAGUAUGAUUCUAUUUUUAUUAAUAAGGACACGUUUUCCAAUGCUCUUAUUGCUGUGCAAACGGUGUAUGAGCUUGCAGUCGAUGUGGCACUGGGUAGAUUGCAGAAUGGUUUUGCUGUAGUUAGACCGCCAGGGCAUCAUGCUCAAUUCAAUGAUUACAACGGUUACUGUUUUUUUAAUAAUGUAGCCAUAACUGCCGAAAAGUUGAUACAGGACAAAAUGGCAAAGAGGGUUUUGAUCAUUGAUUAUGACGUUCAUCACGGGCAGGGAACGCAAAACAUGUUUUAUGAGAGGAAUGACGUUUUGUACUUUUCCAUUCAUCGCUAUGAGCAUGGGUUGUAUUGGCCAAACUUAAAGGAAAGUAACACUUCAUUCAUUGGGGCUGAUGAAGGAAAGGGAUUUAAUAUAAAUGUGCCCCUAAACGAAACCGGCUGCACCGAUAGCGAUUACAUAGCUAUCGUCUUGAACAUAUUGCUUCCAGUUGCUUAUGAAUUUGCACCUGAUUUCAUAUUAAUCUCUGGCGGAUACGAUGCGGCUAUUGGCUGCCCUGAGGGGGAGAUGAAGCUGACCCCGUCGUUCUACAGCCAUUUGAUAACCUUGUUGGGGGGUCUAGCCAUGGGUAAAAUUGUUGUGGCCUUAGAAGGGGGUUAUAACUUGGAUUCUCUUUCUGAGAGCGUUGUGAUGACGGUUAAGGCACUUUUGGCUGAAGCAGCUGGGAAUAUAUUGCCUUUUGAGAAUGUGAAACCAAGUGUGUGGGACACAAUAAACAAUUUGAAAUUCUUCUUGAAACCCUACUGGAAUUGCUUUCCUUUGACGGAGACUUUUCAGUAUCCUCGUCCGGUAAACGAGAAAAAUUUGGCUCCUUCUUUGGAAGUGAAUGUCGAUGAAGAAUACGUUCCUUUUGAAAUGUAUUUGGGCAAACCUGAGGAAAAGCCUUUUCCCACAAGGUACAAUUAUCCGCAGUUGGCGCCGCAAAGGAAGGAGUAUUUCGAGAAUAUUCUCAACGAAACUCGUUCGGAACAUUCUCAAGCCCCUGAAAAUUUUACUGGCUACGUUAACGAACCUAACAUGGCUUUGCAUGAAUCACCUUAUUUUACCUCGAAUGUUCCUGAAAGACCUGACAGGUUUUUAAGAGUUAUUGAGGAGUUGGAAAAGCGUGGAAUUUUGAAGAGGAUGAUUGAAGUUACAGCAAACGCUACGGUCCUGGAGGAGUUGUUUCCGUACCACGAUUCCGAAUACUUGGUAAAAACACUCAUAAACAAAGAAUUACCAAACACGAAGGACUUGUUCAUCAAGGACGAAUCGAUAUCCAGCAUUUUAGCAUCGGCAGGGGCUGUAAAAGGGCUGCUCGAUAGAAUGUCUUUGAGGCAGAUAACAAAUGGUUUGGCAAUUGUUAGACCGCCUGGUCAUCACGCUCACUUCGCUAAAGCUGGAGGUUUUUGCUUUAUCAACAAUGUCGUGCUUGGCGCUAAAUAUGCCAUCAACUAUUUAAAAUAUAAACGCGUAUUGAUCGUUGAUUUUGAUAUCCACCACGGCGAUGGUACACAAGAAUUGACUUACGAUAGAAAGGAUAUAAUGUAUAUUAGUGUACAUCGCUAUGAUAAGGCAGCAUAUUUCCCGAAAUCCACUAAAGCUGAUUAUAGCUACACCGGAACUGGCAUUGGGGAAGGAUACAACGUUAAUAUACCAUUUAAUAACUCAAGACACGGCAAUACCGAAUAUCUAUUAACGUUCCUGAACGUAGUCCUUCCAAUAGCGUAUUCCUACUGCCCGGAUUUGGUUUUGGUGUCGGCUGGCUUCGAUGCGGGCGUGCACGACCCGCUAGGCGGGGGUUACAACAUUUACCCGGAAAUGUUCGGUCAGAUGAUCCAGUUGCUCAAGCCCCUCGCCAGGGGUAACGUUUUAGUAUGCAUGGAGGGAGGUUACAACUUGACAACCCUUAAAUACUCGAUGGUGAUGUGCGCCAAGGCUCUACUGGGCGACCCCAUUCCGAUGCCUUCAUUGUACUUCGAUGAGGUUAGCGAAGACUGCGUGGCGUCCUUGAAAACCGUUAUAAAUGAGCAGAAAAAAUAUUGGCCGGUUUUGAAGGUUCACAAGAAAAUUGGGGAUAGAUGUAUCGGUGUUGAGGACAAGGCGAAAAUUCAGUCUAUUAUGGCUAGGCUUAGAAUUCGCCCCGAAGAAAUUGACGAUAAAGUUAUGGAGGAAAUUACCCGCGACUUUACUUCCCUCACCACUGUCUAAAAUGUGCCCAAAUUUAAAGCAACACUAAUAUUUCUAUGUUAUGUAUUUUUAGGUUUAAAAGUGCCUAAAACGAAAUUCCAUUAGUUUGUUUUAAUGAUUGUUAAUUAAUACUAAUACAUUCCAAUGUUAUGUUUAAUUUUAAUAACCAAAAAUGCAUUUUAAACCUGUUGACCAAAAUAACUGAUUUUAUACUUGUUCUUGUUAACUAGUCA